AUGAAUUUGUUACCUAGUGAUGAAAUUAAUUUCAUUAAUGGAGAGAAUGAGGAUGACGCUAUGGAAGUUAACAAUCGGGGAAAAAGGGUAGCUAGUGCAGGUAAUGGCAGUGUUAGUGUCAAUUCCUCAAAGAUGCAAAAGCAAAAGGGACUGAUUGAUUUAUAUUUCACUCCCAGACCAGAAAUUGUGGUACAAAAAAGAAAGGAGGGGGGAAAACAGACAACCAUUAAUGAUGCAUGCAAGAAAAAGUUGAGAGGAAGAGCGUGUGCUACUUUUGCAAGGUGGAUGUAUGAUGCAGGAAUUGCAUUCAAUACUAUUAAGUAUGAUAGCUUUGCCGAGGUUAUUGAAGCAAUUGGACAUUAUGGUCCUGGCAUGAAACCACCUAGUUAUCAUGAGGUGAGAGUUCCUUUGCUUAGGAAGGAAUUGGAUAAUACCAAUGCUUUGAUGAAUGACCAUAGAGAGGAGUGGUCAAAAUUUGGAUGCUCAUUAAUGGCAGAUGGGUGGACAGACAAGAGAGGGAGAACAUUGCUUAAUUUCCUAGUAAAUAGUCCAAAAGGAACCAUGUUUAUUGAAUCGAUAGAUACUUCUUCUUUUUUAAAGGAUGGGAAGAUGUUAGAGAAAGAACACUCACAUUUGUAUUGGACACCAUGUGCUACUUAUUGCUUAGACUUAAUGUUGGAAGACAUUGGGAAAAUACUGUCCAUCUCUAGAACAAUGCAGAGGGCAAUGGAGUUGAAUAGUUAUAUUUAUAUGCGUCCAAAGUUGUUGAACAUUAUGAGGAACUUUACUUAUAAAAAAGAAUUGUUUAGGCCCGCUAAGACUCGAUUUGCUACAUGUUUCAUCACAUUAUCAAGUAUUCACAAGCAAAAGAAUAACUUGAGAAAGAUGUUUACUUCAGAAGAAUGGAAUCGUAGUAAAUGGGCGAAAGAGGAAGCUGGUAAAAGAGUUGCUUCUUAUGUUUUGAUGCCUUCCUUUUGGAAUAACAUUGUCUUUAGCCUUAAGGUUUCCGGUCCUCUUAUUUCGGUUUUGAGAUUAGUUGAUGGCGAGAAAAAGCCUCCCAUGGGAUACAUUUAUGCGGCUAAGGAUAGGGCUAAAGAAGCCAUUGCAAAAUCAUUUGGGGAAGUAGAAGACAAAUAUAAGGAUAUUUUUGAAAUAAUUGAUAAGAGAUGA